AUGAGCUUUCUUUUCAAGAAAAUCAAUCCGUUUGCGCGAAAACCACCCGAGACCUCUAGCGGAGAAGACUUUCAUGACUCGCAACAGCUAGACUCAAAGGGUUGUGCUCGGGACGACCCCCUCAGCGAAGAUCCCGACCCGAAUGCUUCAGCCUCCCCAUCUUCUCCGCAUGACCAUCGUAAAAGCAGUGUCGCACAAGAGUUUUCGCUAAGUGACAACCCGACUCCACUCAUACCGGAACGCUUUGCGCGUAUUGUCUCUACCCUCUCGCGUGGGUCUACCAUCACCCUUCGUCUAGGGACAUAUUUGGUGUCAUCUUUCCUUGAUUCAGCUCGUAUUGGCACCUUAACUUCACUCUCGGUAACCUCUGGAGCCAUUGAAAAUCUGUUACUACGGGCCCAGCACGAUGCAAACGUAGCUUCUAGUCAUCCAGAAUCUUCUGAUGAUUUAAGUACUUCAAUAUCAAACUCUCCAGCAGCAUUAAUCACAUCCAAUAGUCUCAAUAUGGUAAAUCGAGCCGCCACCCUCGCUCAACUCUUUACUGCUGCAUCAUUCCACUUGGCGUCGACCUCACUUCAAACAGCAUCUGGCAUGGCCCAGGAUACUCUUCACAUUCUUGACGCUAUCUUUGGCUCUACAGAGUCGUCCCGUGCGCUGGCCGCCAUUAUUUCACUUAUUCGCAGAGAAUUUGGCGACGGCUCUGGCAUCUACUCACUCGUCACUGGCCUGACGUGUUUUUCUAUUCUUCAGUCGCGCGGGUGGAGCCGAACGGUUGAUGAGAUUGAAAUGUUUAUUCUUUGGGAUGUCGUGGUUCUUGAUACUGGCGAGACCUUGUCCCAACAGUUCCCUUCAACCUUGCAGGAGCCCAAAAAAACUGAUGAGGAUUCUAUUCUUGCCGCCAUUCCACCAAAUGCCCAAUACAAGGUUGCUAUUGAUGAAGUCAAAACCAAAACUUAUAACAUUGAUGUGCAAAUCCCAGCAAACAGUUCUGCGGCUGCUGAUGCAGGUUCUUCUAUUCAUAUCCAACUACCCAAAGGUGCCACUGUUCUACACCAAGAAUUUGUACCUGCUGAAAAGGAAGGUGAGGGCUCAAAAUACAACAUUACUUUCCAAACAACAUCAAACUACUUUCGCGAGCGCAAGGGCACUCUAUCUAAAGAAGACGACUCACAAAAUACAGAAACUAACGGGAAACAACAUGAUUCUGGCAAUGGUCUUAGUCUCAGCAGUCUUGCAGGAAUUUCCAAUCUUUCCCAAGUUGCUGGAAAUGGCUCUGUUACUGCAGCCCAGUUCAUUCCAGACCCUACAGCAGUUUCAAUCAAGACUCGACCGCCAUCGCCUUCUCUUCCUGAUAAUUAUGAUGACGAACCUCCAUCUUGCAUUAAUGAUCGACGGUAUUCGUUCAACAAUCCACUGAUUUUAGAAAACAUUUAUAAUGAAAUGCAAAGUGAUGACGAUGACGAUGACGACGACAAUAUUAGCAUUGACGAUGACUUAACAUCCGAUGAAUAUUCGGAAAAUGGUAAUGAAGGCUCCCUUUUAAAUGGAAAUCACCCAAAUUCUGACUCUUCUCUUUCCUCCACGACUUUUGUAGACAAGCCAAUAAAACAUACCCAGAGCUUCCCGGAAUACCCAGAGCUUCCUCUCCAUAAUCAUCACCAUAGUCUUUCCCGCCGAAAUACUCUCAAAUCUUCAUCAUCCUCUUCUUCCAUUAAUUCCAACAAGGAUCAGCUUUAUCCGGGAAACAUCAACCGACGAAGUUUGACAAGACUAUCCAGCAUGACUCGGCUUUCCAACUUGACUCCUUCUGCAUCUUCGGGUCAGUUGGCAGGUCGCAGCAACUCCCAAGUUAGUCUCUGCACAUCAUGCCCCAAGGGCCGACAAGCAACCAACAAUAACAGCAGCGCCGCAAGCAUUAGAAGCUGCAGCGUGGAUCCGAUUCGCGGACCAAUAACUGCUUCCGAUCCUUUGUUUAUCGAGCCUGAACAUUCUCAGCAACAGCAUACAAUGAAACGGUUCCCACCGGGCCACAUUACUGCAAAUAUGGCCAAGUACAUGAGGUUUGCGACGGCGUCGUAUGGCCAAUCGUUUAUGUACGUUUUAGGGAUGGGCAAGUAUGCUAGUAAUUACACGGGCGAUCCAUCGCAUCAUUCUGAACAUUAUGCGUUUGCACAUCACACUGGUUUGGAUUUGGAUGACAUUGUUUUGUCCAGUUACUCUGACAGUGCGGUUAACGACAGUGCGGGAAUUCCACUUGUUCAUUUUGUUGCGCUUGAUCAUGCGGCCAAGGCGGUUGUUUUGACAAUCCGAGGUACUCUUGGGAUUGAGGACAUUUUGACAGACUUAACAUGUGAUUACGAAACAAUGGUGUGGCAAGGUACGGAAUGGAAGGCCCAUGGAGGGAUGCUGAGAUGUGCACAAGUUUUGAAGCGACGAACAAGCCGGGUUUUGACAACCAUAAAACAAGCAUUAGAGACUUGGGGUCCCGAAUAUGGGCUUGUUAUUUGUGGCCAUUCCUUGGGUGGAGGAGUUGGAGCGAUUUUGGGGAUUUUGCUAAGUGAGCAGAAUGAACAAGGUGUUUUUGUGACGGCACCCGGAACUAGUUUACCAGCUGGGCGACGUGUUCAAUGUUUUGCUUAUGGGCCUCCUGGGUCGAUUUCUGAGGAUUUACGCAAGAAAACUCGUGUGCUGGUGACUACGGUUGUAUAUGGCUUGGACAUUGUACCUUGUUUGUCUCUAGGAGUUUUACGAGAUUUCCAAUCAGUAGCUCUUGCGUUUAAGAAUGAUCGGGAUGGGGUUGCUCAUGACAUCCGUAAGCGAUUUUUGGCACAGUUUGCUUCGCGCCAUAGUCAUUUGGUAGUACACGAUGCGGAUGACGAUUACUUGUGGAACCUUCUCAAGAGACUGCGUGGUGUGAUGCAAAGUGAAAAGCUGGUACCUCCUGGUGAGGUGUACCAUAUAUCAACCAACACAGUGUUUGAGACGCAUGAUGGUAAAACGAAACGGGCGACGCGGAUUAUUGGCAAGGUAAUUGUGGAUGUGCAGAAGCGAUUUGGAGAGCCUGUUUUUGGACGGGGGAUUUUCCAUCAUUCGCCGGUGUAUUAUGAGCGAGCCUUACAAACGUUGAAGAUGGGUGUGUGCAAUGCACCUGUUUAA